CGGUUGUGUGGUAAUGUGAACAUACAUUUCUGGAAUAUCGUUGGUGCCACAUAGAUUUUGUGCUGAGAACUCAGGUGAAAAAAAGGAGUGUUAUUUCAGAAGUCUCAAAAAAUACGCAAAAGUUAGAACAACAAUGACAAAAAUUACAAUCAUAAAUUACAUCAUUGCAGCUGUUUGCUUAAUAGAUGGACUUGUAGCUCGCCAAAUAGAACUUUCAACAUCUACGCCAUACACUAAUGUGCAACGUAGUACAGAAGUUAUGGAGGAAGAAAUGAACAUUUAUACAAACCUAAAAAUGUGCAUUACAAACCAAACUAAUUCGACUGAAAGUAAAGAAUUGAUCAAGUCAAUGGCUAAUCUAACGAAGAACUUUUAUGAAGUUAUGAAUUGUACUGAAAAUCCUUACAUUUUAGUUUCAUACCUCUAUAAUAUUAAAAACAUUUCUUCCCAAAUAGCACAAACUAUGAAGGCGAUGAUGCAUAAUAUCAUCGGAAUAGUCUGCAAUAUAAGUCAGUGUAUGAGUACAAAAAUUCCAUUAGUCAAGGUUAUAAAAAAAAUCGUCUCAAACAUAAUCAAUGUGUCCAAAGUUUUUAUGUCAUAAUUUAAAUUAUAAAUUAUUUAUGGGUCGAUAUAAUCUAUUUUUACCUGCAUUACAAUAUAC